AUGACAGAAUACAGUUAACUUCAGUUGUGUUUCCCGUGCAUGGUAGUUACACGUCUCUGCAGCUGACGACUCUGGAAUUUUUUAAUCAACACAAAGAAAAAAUAAACAUGCUUCGUAAAAAGAAUUAUGUGUACGGAGACGAGUCCAUGGAGCUCCACGCGCACAUGCACUUCGGCAAAGAGAUGCUUGAUAAUAUGAUGAAAUAUAAAGAUAUUGUGGCGUUGAUAAACGCUGAAACAGGUGAGCAACUUACAUACGGCGAGCUGGCACAACAGGUUAUAGACAUUGCCCUCUCACUCACACAUUUGGGUGUCAAAAAGGGAGACGUGAUCAGCAUUUGCAGCGAGAAGAGAUUUGAAGUGAUGGCCACGAUGCUAGGCAUCACUUGUGCAGGAGCCACCUACUCCCCUACGGAUCCAACUUACGGUCCAACUCCUCUUCUUCAUCGGCUAAAAAUAUCGAAGCCCAAAGUGAUGUUCUGCUCUGCGCACGGGUACGACGACCACAAAGCCACAUUCGAGAAAGCCGGAUCCAUCGAAACAUACAUCCUCUAUGAUACAGAGCGCAGGGAUGGCACUAUCUCCUUUAAUCAGUUCCUCACAAAGACGGCUACUUACGAAGAGUUCUUUCCGACGCCAGUAGACGGAUGGGUUGACCGUCACUCUAUAAUAUUCUCGUCUGGGACCACUGGUCUGCCGAAGGGAGUUCCAAUGACACAUGCUAAUGUUCUGAUUUUUUCGAAGUACUUGAGCAACGAGACAUUGUUAGGUAUGGCAAUACUAAAUACCCGCGAGUGGUAUUAUACAUACGGCAUGAUGCACACGCUGAGCUGCAUGCGAGGGGGCGCCACUAUCGUCUUCCCCACCAAACACGAAGAAUCGGACUACCUUGAAGUAAUACAGAAGUAUAAAACCCCGCUGCUACAAAUAUCUCCAUCCAAUGCGACACAGUUCUCCAAAUCACAGAUAAUCGAGAAGUAUGACGUUAGCUCUGUCCAGUACGUGUUAUGCUCCAGUACACCUAUCAUGGGAGAACAAAUCAACGCACUGAAACACGUAUUUACGAAUUUACGUGAUGUGGUGCAACUGUACGGCACUACCGAGGCGGGCGUGCCGUGCUCCACUAUGAACGCCCCCAAGGGAUCCAAGCCCGGCAGUGUGGGCGUAAUCAGCCCAUCUUAUAUCAUCAAGGUCGUUGAUUUACAUACGAGAAGUCCGUUGGGUCCAAACGAACGCGGCGAGAUCUGCGUCAAAUCGCCCGCAGUAUUGCGCGAAUAUAUAUGUGCAAACACAACAGAUUAUAUGGAUGAGGAGGGAUUCUUCAAGACCGGAGAUGUCGGAUAUUACGAUGAUGACAAAUACUUUUAUGUGGUCAACAGGAUCAAGGAGCUAAUUAAAUUUAACGAUAUAUCUAUAGCACCAGCUGAAUUCGAAGCGAUACUGAUGCAGCAUCCGGCGGUGAAGGAGGCGGGAGUGAUUGGAGUGCCGCACAAAGAAUACGGCGAGGCGCCGCUCGCUUUUAUAGUGCUACUACCAGGCGCUCAGGCCACUGAAGAGGAGCUCGUUACACAUCUUAACAGCAGGGUGACAUUCAGGAUGAAGCUGGCUGGCGGGGCGAGGUUCGUCGACAAACUGCCCCGCGGCGCCGGGGAGAAGCUCGACCGCAAAGCUCUUAAAGAAAUGCUUUGAUAAAUAAAAUAUAUAUACUUAGUCCAUA